GAAGAGUUGGUUGAGAAGUGCUUCUUGGGCAAGAAUUAAACCAAUCUUUGCAAAGGAAAAGAAGAUCAGUGGAAGAGAAAAUCUGUGGGUUUCUUACCCCAGCUGUCACAAAAGCUAUGCCGUGAAAAGGCUUUUCUGAUCCGUUGACACACAGCAAGUUAGACCAAUUCUUCUUUUGAGGGGUGAAGGAAAAAAGAGAAAUUCUCUUGUUUGUGCUGCUUGAAGGAUGGCUUCCCAGUUUCACCAGCUUCGGGUCCUGGUCUGGAAAAAUUGGCUAGGUGUCAAAAGGCAGCCGCUUUGGACACUUGUCUUGAUUUUAUGGCCAGUCAUUAUUUUCAUCAUUUUGGCUAUUACCCGGACCAAAUUUCCUCCAAUAGCAAAAUCAACUUGUUACCUUGCACCUCGAAACCUUCCCAGUACCGGCUUCUUCCCAUUCCUGCAAACCCUACUCUGUGACACAGACUCUAAAUGCAAAGACACACCUUAUGGGCCACAAGAUCUGCUUCGUAGGAAAGGGAUUGAUGAUGCACUAUUUAAAGACAGUGUAAUUCUGAGAAAAUCAUCCAACCUGCAGAAGGACAGCAAUUUAUCACUCCAGAGCACCGAAGUUCCAGAAAGAAGGCACGCAUCACCAGCUACAGUAUUUCCCAGUCCAAGUUCUGAUUUGGAAAGUACUGGAACAGAUACUUUCAAUGGUAGUCAAGUCCUUGCCAGGAUCCUUGGUUUGGAAAAGCUAUUAAAGGAAAAUUCAACUUCAGAAGAUAUACGAAGAGAGCUGUGUGAGAGAUAUCCAGAAUAUAUUCCUGAUUACACGUUCUCUUGGACCACUCUAGGGAAAAAUGUUUUUAACAAAUUUUGCCUAUCCAACAUGACCCUUAUAGAGUCUUCUCUCCAAGAACUAACAAACCAAUUUUCUCAGAUAUCAAGAGAUCCCAAAAACCAGAAGACAGUAUUUCAGGAAAUGGUCAAAGUGCUAACCUUCUUCUCACAAGUGCAAGAGCAGACAGCUGUGUGGCAGCUUCUCUCUAGUUUUCCAAAUAUGUUUCAGAAUGAUACGACACUAAGCAAUAUAUUUGAGGUUCUUCAAAAUGCAAACAGUGCGCUGCUGGCGGUGCAGAAGGUUUACCCACGUGUCACAACUAAUGAAGGUUUCAGAACUCUUCAUAAAUCUGUUAAACAUCUGCUGUACACACUGAACUCCCCAGCUCAAGGUGGCUCUGAUAAUACAACACAUAUGUGGCGUGAAGAUGGACGGUUGCUUUCCCCAAGCAGCCUGGCUGCACAGCUCCUAAUACUGGAAAACUUUGAAGAUGCCCUCUUAAAUAUAUCAACAGAUAGUCCUUAUAUUCCUUACUUGGCAUGUAUAAGAAAUGUCACUGACAAUUUGGCCAAGGGAUCACAAGAAAAUUUAAGACUCCUGCAGUCCACGAUUCGAUUUAAAAAUUUUUUUCUUCAAAAUGGUUCCUAUGAGGAUUACUUCUCUUCACUUCCCGAAGUGCUGAAAUCAAAAGUGUCUCAGCUUCGAAAUUUGACUGAACUUCUUUGUGAAUCUGAAACUUUCAAUUCAGUAGAGAAAAUGUGCCAGCUCUCUAAUAUGAACUUCGAGAACCUGUGUGAAGAGAGUGCAUUCCAUGUGCAACUCCUCGAAGCAGCAGAGCUUGGCACCGAGAUAGCAACCAGCAUCCUAUACCAUGACAGUGUUAUAUCUCAAAAACUGAGGGAUUUGCUUACUGGGGAUCCAGUCAAAAUUAAUUUAAAUGUGGAUUGGUUCCUAGAACAGGCAUUGCAAAUGAAUUAUUUGGAAAAUAUCACGCGAUUAAUGCCAGCCAUAGAAACCAUGCUGCAUGUCAAUAACAGUGCAGAUACUUCUGGAAAACCAGGUCAGUUAAUAGAAAUGUUUAAAAAUGUCGAAGAGCUGAAAGAAGAACUGAGGAGAAUGACAGGAAUGUCCAAUAGGAGUAUUGACAAUUUGCUGGCCAUUCCUAUCCCUGAUAACAGAGCUGAGAUUAUUUCUCGUGUGUUCUGGUUGCAUUCUUGUGAUGCUAAUAUGACCAAUCUCGAACUGGAAGAUGCCAUGAAGGAAUUCUGCAGCCUGCCUCUUCCAGAGAGAUCUCGUCAGUCUUAUCUCAUUGGACUGACUCUUCUACACUAUUUAGACCUUUACAACUUCACAUACAAGGUGUUUUUCCCUAGGGAAGAUCAAAAGCCAGUAGAAAAGAUGAUAGAACUCUUCAUAAGGCUAAAAGGAAUUCUCAAUCAGCUGGCUUCUGGCUCUCGUCCACUGCUUGACAAAAUGAGAUCUCUGAAACAAAUCCAUCUGCCCAGAAGUGUUCCAUUAACACAGGCAAUGUACAGAAGCAACCGGAUGAACUCACCCCAAGGAUCAUUUAGUACCAUCUCCCAAGCAUUGUGUUCCCAGGGAAUUACCACUGAAUACUUAACUGCAUUGCUGCCCUCUUCCCAAAGGCAAAAAGGCAACCACACCAAGGAUUUUUUGACUUAUAAAUUAAGUAAAAAGCAAAUUGCUGCAAAAUAUGGAAUUCCCACACAUACCACACCAUUUUGCUUCUCCCUUUAUAAAGACAUCAUUAAUAUGCCUGCUGGACCUGUGAUUUGGGCUUUCUUGAAACCUAUGUUGUUGGGAAAAAUUUUGUAUGCACCUUAUACUCCAGUCACAAAGGCAAUAAUGGAAAAGUCUAAUGUAACGCUGAGGCAGCUGGCGGAAUUAAGAGAAAAAUCUCAAGAGUGGAUGAAUCAAUCACCACUUUUCAUGAAUUCCUUCCACCUGUUAAACCAGACGAUUCCAAUGCUCCAGAACACUCUCAGGAACCCCUUUGUGCAAGUGUUUGUAAAAUUCUCCGUGGGACUUGAUGCUGUUGAACUAUUGAAACAGAUAGAUGAACUCGAUAUUCUAAGGCUGAAACUGGAGAACAGCAUUGACCUCAUCAAUCAUCUCAAUACACUGUCUUCCCUUACAGUAAAUAUUUCUUCCUGUGUAUUAUAUGAUCGUAUUCAGGCAGCAAAAAGUGUAGAUGAAAUGGAGAGAGAGGCUAAAAGACUCUACAAAAGCAACGAACUCUUUGGAAGUGUUAUUUUCAAGCUUCCUUCUAACAGAAGCCAACACAGAGGCUAUGACUCUGAAGAUGUCUCUCUUCCUCCUGUCAUAAAAUAUACCAUCCGCAUGAGUCUCAAGACCUCACAGACGACGAGAAACAUAAGAACCAAGAUUUGGGCCCCAGGACCACAUAAUUCUCCAUCACACAAUCAGAUCUAUGGCAGGGCUUUUGUUUAUUUACAAGAUAAUAUUGAAAGAGCAAUCAUUGAAUUGCAGACUGGAAGGAACUCUCAGGAAAUAGCAGUCCAGGUCCAGGCAAUUCCUUAUCCCUGCUACAUGAAAGACAACUUCCUAACCAGUGUCUCUUAUUCUCUUCCAAUUGUGCUCAUGGUUGCCUGGGUUGUAUUUAUAGCUGCAUUUGUAAAAAAGCUUGUUUAUGAGAAAGACCUCCGGCUUCAUGAGUACAUGAAGAUGAUGGGUGUAAACUCCUGCAGUCACUUUUUUGCCUGGCUUAUAGAGAGUGUUGGAUUUUUACUGGUUACCAUCAUCAUCCUCAUCAUUAUACUCAAGUUGGGCAAUAUUCUUCCUAAGACAAACGGGUUCAUUUUGUUCCUAUAUUUUUCGGACUACAGCUUCUCAGUUAUUGCUAUGAGCUAUCUCAUCAGUGUCUUCUUUAACAACACCAACAUUGCAGCCCUGAUUGGAAGCCUCAUCUACAUCAUUGCCUUUUUCCCGUUUAUUGUUCUGGUUACAGUUGAUGAUGAGCUGAGCUAUGUAAUAAAAGUAUUCAUGAGCCUGCUGUCGCCGACAGCAUUCAGUUAUGCAAGUCAGUACAUUGCCCGAUAUGAGGAGCAGGGGAUUGGUCUUCAGUGGGAAAAUAUGUACAGUUCCCCAGUUCAGGAUGAUACCACCUCGUUUGGCUGGCUGUGCUGUCUAAUUCUAGCUGACUCUUUCAUUUAUUUCCUUAUUGCUUGGUACACCAGGAAUGUUUUCCCAGGUACUUAUGGCAUGGCAGCACCAUGGUAUUUUCCAAUCCUACCUUCCUAUUGGAAGGAGCGAUUUGGAUGUGCAGAGGUGAAACAUGAGAAGAACAAUGGCCUUAUGUUUACUAAUAUCAUGAUGCAGAAUACCAACCCAUCUGCCAGUCCUGAAUACAUGUUUUCUUCCAACAUUGAGCCUGAACCUAAAGAUCUCACAGUUGGGGUUGCCCUGCAUGGAGUCACAAAGAUCUAUGGCUCAAAAAUUGCUGUAGAUAACCUAAAUCUGAACUUUUAUGAAGGGCAUAUUACUUCGUUGCUGGGGCCCAAUGGAGCUGGGAAAACUACUACUAUUUCCAUGUUGACUGGGCUGUUUGGGGCCUCAGCAGGUACCAUCUUUGUUUAUGGAAAAGAUAUCAAAACAGACCUACACACUGUACGGAAGAACAUGGGGGUCUGCAUGCAACAUGACGUCCUGUUUAGCUACCUCACAACCAAAGAACACCUUCUCUUGUAUGGCUCCAUCAAAGUACCUCAGUGGACUAAAAAGCAGCUGCAUGAGGAAGUGAAAAGGACUUUAAAAGAUACUGGACUAUAUAGCCAUCGUCACAAGAGAGUUGGAACAUUGUCAGGAGGAAUGAAGAGGAAAUUAUCCAUAUCCAUAGCUCUCAUUGGUGGAUCAAGGGUGGUCAUUUUGGAUGAACCAUCCACUGGAGUUGAUCCAUGUUCCCGCCGAAGUAUAUGGGAUGUUAUAUCCAAGAACAAAACUGCCAGGACAAUCAUUCUGUCAACACACCACUUGGACGAGGCCGAAGUGCUGAGUGACCGCAUCGCCUUUUUGGAACAGGGCGGGCUGCGCUGCUGCGGGUCCCCAUUUUACCUCAAGGAAGCAUUUGGGGAUGGGUAUCACCUCACGCUCACCAAGAAAAAGAGUCCAAAUCUAAAUGCAAGUACAACGUGCGACACGAUGGCUGUGACAGCAAUGAUCCAAUCACAUCUCCCUGAAGCCGGCCUCAAGGAGGACAUCGGCGGGGAGCUUGUUUACGUGCUUCCUCCGUUUAGCACCAAAGUCUCAGGGGCCUAUCUGUCCCUCCUAAGGGCGCUGGACCAUGGCAUGGGUGACCUCAACAUUGGAUGCUAUGGCAUUUCAGAUACCACUGUGGAAGAGGUCUUUCUGAACUUGACUAAAGAAUCACACAAAAAUAAUGAUAUGAGUCUUGAGCACUUAACACAAAAGAAGAUUGGAAAUUCCAGUGCCAAUGGCAUCUCAACUCCUGACGAUUUAUCUGUGAAUAGCAGCAAUUUCACAGAUAGAGAUGACAAAAUCCUGACAAGAGGAGAGAGAUUGGAUGGUUUGGGACUGUUACUGAAGAAGAUAAUGGCUAUACUCAUUAAGCGGUUCCACCAUACCCGCAGGAACUGGAAAGGUUUCAUUGCUCAGGUUAUCCUCCCCAUCAUCUUUGUAACCACUGCCAUGGGCCUCGGCACACUGAGAAAUUCCAGCAACAGUUAUCCAGAGAUCCAGAUCUCCCCAUCUCUUUAUGGAACCUCUGAACAGACAGCCUUCUAUGCAAAUUCUAACCCAAGCACAAAAGCACUGGUCUCAGCAAUGUGGACGUUCCCUGGCAUCGACAACAUGUGUCUGAACAUUAGUGAUCAAAGUUGUUUAAAGGAAAACAGUCUGGGAAAAUGGAACACCAGUGGAGAACGUAUCACUAAUUUUGGUGUUUGCUCCUGCUCAGAAAAUGUCCAGGAAUGUCCUAAAUUUAACUAUUCUCCACCUCAUAGAAGAACUUAUUCUUCCCAAGUAAUUUAUAACCUCACUGGGCUCCGCUUGGAAAAUUAUCUUAUAUCAACUGCUAAUGAGUUUAUGCAAAAAAGAUAUGGAGGUUGGAGUUUUGGGCUGCCUUUGACUAAUGACCUCCGUUUUGAUGUAACCUCAGUUCCUGCCAAUAGAACACUUGCCAAGGUAUGGUAUGAUCCAGAAGGAUAUCACUCUCUUCCAGCCUACCUCAACAGUUUGAAUAAUUUCCUUCUGCGAGUUAACAUGUCCAAAUAUGAUGCUGCCCGACAUGGCAUCAUCAUGUAUAGUCAUCCUUACCCAGGAGUGCAAGACCAAGAGCAAGCCACAAUGAGCAGCUUAAUCGAUAUUUUAGUGGCACUCUCCAUCCUGAUGGGCUACUCUGUCACCACUGCCAGCUUUGUCACCUAUGUUGUAAGGGAGCAUCAGACCAAAGCCAAGCAGUUGCAGCAUAUUUCAGGCAUCGGUGUGACAUGCUAUUGGGUAACAAACUUCAUUUAUGACAUGGUCUUCUACUUGGUGCCCGUAGCAUUUUCAAUUGGUAUCAUUGCAAUUUUCAAAUUACCUGCCUUCUACAGUGAAAACAACCUAGGCGCUGUAUCUCUUCUACUCUUGCUGUUUGGGUAUGCCACAUUUUCUUGGAUGUACUUGCUGGCUGGGCUCUUCCAUGAAACUGGAAUGGCUUUCAUCACUUACGUCUGCAUCAACCUUUUUUUUGGCAUCAAUUCCAUUGUUUCCUUGUCGGUAGUAUACUUUCUUUCCAAGGAAAAGCCGAAUGAUCCGACUUUAGAACUUAUUUCGGAAACCCUCAAGCGUAUUUUCCUGAUUUUCCCACAAUUCUGUUUUGGCUAUGGUUUGAUUGAACUUUCUCAACAACAGUCAGUCCUGGACUUCUUAAAAGCAUACGGUGUGGAAUACCCAAGUGAAACCUUUGAGAUGGAUAAACUAGGUGCAAUGUUUGUGGCUUUGGUUUCUCAAGGCACCAUGUUCUUUCUCUUGCGACUCUUAAUCAACGAGUGGCUAAUAAAGAAAUUCAGACUCUUCUUCAGAAAAUUUAAUUCUUCACCUGUAAUUGAGACAAUAGAUGAAGAUGAAGAUGUGCGGGCUGAGAGAUUAAGAGUUGAGAAUGGUGCAGAUGAAUUUGACCUGGUCCAACUCCAUCGUCUCACAAAGACCUACCAACUUAUCCACAAAAAGAUUAUAGCUGUAAACAACAUCAGCAUUGGGAUACCUGCGGGGGAGUGCUUUGGCCUUCUUGGGGUGAAUGGAGCAGGAAAGACCACAAUUUUCAAGAUGCUGACUGGAGACAUAAUUCCUUCAAGUGGAAACAUUCUCAUCAGAAAUAAGACUGGAUCGCUGGCUCAUGUUGACUCUCAUAGCUCAUUAGUUGGCUACUGCCCUCAGGAAGAUGCCUUAGAUGAUCUGGUGACUGUGGAAGAACAUCUGUAUUUCUAUGCCAGGAUACAUGGAAUUCCAGAAAAAGAUAUUAAAGAAACUGUUCAUAAACUCCUACGGAGACUUCACUUGAUGCCCUACAAGGACAGAGCUACCUCGAUGUGCAGUUAUGGCACAAAAAGAAAAUUAUCCACUGCACUGGCCUUGAUUGGGAAACCUUCCAUUCUACUGCUGGAUGAGCCAAGCUCUGGGAUGGAUCCUAAGUCAAAAAGGCACCUCUGGAAGAUCAUUUCAGAAGAAGUACAAAAUAAAUGUUCCGUCAUCCUCACAUCUCACAGCAUGGAAGAAUGUGAAGCUCUCUGUACCAGGCUGGCCAUUAUGGUGAAUGGAAGGUUUCAGUGUAUUGGAUCUUUGCAGCACAUAAAGAGCAGGUUUGGACGAGGAUUUACUGUCAAGGUUCAUGUGAAGAAUACCAAAGUUAGCAUGGAGGCCCUCACGAAAUUCAUGCAACUGCACUUUCCAAAAACCUAUUUAAAAGAUCAGCACCUCAGCAUGCUAGAGUAUCAUGUACCAGUCACGGCAGGAGGAGUUGCAAACAUUUUUGAUGUGCUGGAAACCAACAAGACUGCUUUAAAUAUCACAAAUUUCUUAGUGAGUCAGACUACCCUGGAAGAGGUUUUCAUCAACUUCGCCAAAGACCAAAAAUCCUAUGAAACUGCUGAUACCGGUAGCCAAGAUUCUACCAUAAGCGUUGACUCACAGGAUGACCGAAUGGAAUCUUAGUACCUCCAACAAACUCAAUCUUAGCAAAGUGAAUGGUUUCAUUUUGAGGAAAAACCACAGAAGAUACUACUUCCUUGAAGAUACUUUAACAUAUCUUAAUUUUAAAGUAUUAUACCACAUAGAAAGCUACGAUUGUGUAAGACUAGCAAGUAACUAUAAAUGGAAAGUUUUCUUUCUAAAGUCAACGAAUGUUAUUGCUACUAAAAUGAAUUCCUAUAUACUCAACACUGUGAGCGUACUACUGUGUAAGCUGGUGAUUCUCAUGCAAAGAUGAGCCACCUGCAGAUGAAUGUCAUAAUUUAUUACUUUCAAUAAAAAGACAGCUUAAAAGGCAUGGUUAUUAGUUGAAAACUAAGAGUAAAAAAGGAAAGUAAGGUAUCUCUGUGUAGAUAGAAUUGAGAGAGCAAACAAAAUAAUUUAUUUCCAGAAAAUAACAGAAUAAACAUUAUCAUGAAUACAUGAAUACACUGUGAUGUACAAAGUGCUAUGAGGCAGAUUAACAUCAGCAGUAAGCAGUGGGCAUAAUGUCUACAAUGUACAUGUCACUUUCAAUACCUGUAAAUACUUAGGGACAUACUGAACCCCUAAAAAUGGCUUUCUAAAGUAUGCCAUAGGCGGGCAGUUUACCCUGGUGGUAAACAGAACUUAGAUUUAUUCCUGUCAUGCCUUGACGGUAAUAAGGCACACAGCAGAGUAAGAAGCUACUUGCUCUUCAGGGGAAAAUGGGUGUGUCAGCUGGACAGAUACAAAUCCUGAAAAGUGAUAGAGAAUUCAUGUGCUGCUGGCAGGCAAUGUUUUUUUUUUUUUUAAGCUCUUACAAAAAGUCUCAUAUUCUGGGUUUCUGUGCUGGAAACACUCCUGUAGAGAGAAAAUAAAUAUGAAGAUAAUUUUCAGCUAAUUACCCAGCUGACCCAGAAUCAUGUCUACAGCUAUAGGAUUGACUUCAUAAUAAUGCCAAGUUAUAUGGCCCUCAGGGAAGGUGCUUUAUGUAACAUUCACGUGUGUGUGUGUGUGUGUGUGUGUGUGUGCGCGCGCGCGCGCAAGUUUGCCUGCUUAGGCACAACUGUUUCUGUUUCGAAAAUCAAUAAACUCGAGGUUCAGAAAAA